AUUGCUUCUCCCAAGAAGAGGGAGAAGGUGUCUUGCAGAGAAGGAAACAACUAGAAAAAGCUUCUUUCUCUGAUUUGAGAUAUAUAAUUAUUUAAUUAAUUUAUAAAUAUAUUCGGAGGGACCGAAGAGGUUUCUCUUUCACAAUUCACAAACGCAAACGAUCGAUCGGCUUUUUAUGUGUUGAUUUGCUUUUGAAUCGAUCGGAUAAUCUCCGUUUCUCAGAGUGUCAGAGAGAAGAGGAAGAAGAUGGUGGCUGCAAAUAGGGAAAUGGCGGUGUACUGCUUUGAUACUCUUGUCGCUCACUACAACAGUGAGGAGGCUCCACCUCCGGCCUUCGAUGAAGGCCAACACCCAUUGUUUGUCACUUGGAAGAAAGUGGUCAAUGGUGGGGAGCCUCGUUUACGUGGGUGCAUCGGAACUUUGGAAGCCCGUUGCUUAAUUAACGGCUUCAAGGACUAUGCUUUAACAAGCGCUUUGAGGGACCGCAGAUUCCCCCCUAUACAAGCUAAGGAAUUGCCUUCUUUAGAAUGUACAGUUUCAGUGUUGACUGAUUAUGAAACUGCUAAUAACUACCUUGAUUGGGAGGUUGGAAAGCAUGGAAUAAUUAUUGAAUUUACUGAUCCUGACUAUAAUACUAGGCGAAGCGCUACAUAUUUGCCUGAGGUGGCUGCACAUGAAGGUUGGACUAAGCUGGAGGCCAUCGACUCCCUGAUGCGUAAAGCUGGGUACAAUGGUGCCAUCACCGAGUCACUCCGGAAGCGUAUAAAGCUGACCAGCUACCAAAGUACAAUAUUUACCAUGAGUUAUAGUGACUACAUCAAUUAUGUCAAGGCAACCAGGGGUACAGCCCCGACUAUUCAUGGAGCUAAGCCCAUUGGCCAUUGAUUGUUCCAAGCAGUUUUUGCCAUGUUGGCUGGACUGUUUGGCCUAAACAAAAGAGUUAUUUCAAACACCUAUUGGGUUGGAAUCAUUUCUUUUAAUCCACCCAAGUUUCAAUCAUUUCAGUAACCUGUUUAUAUCAUUCUUCAAUUUCAUUUGAUUUUGGAGAAGGUAAGUGUCUGUCAUCCUUGAAUCUAAGUUUAUCUGUGUUUUUCAUGUGUAUUGUCAAUGUUUUGGCAGCUUUGGUUAAAGCUGUCCUGUUGUAAAAUUACUUCAAAUUAUCCCAGGGCGUUUUUAUAUCUCUAA